AUGGCCUUCUCACCUCGGCUGGUGUUCGCCCUCCUCUUCGUCAUCAACUGCGUGCUCUGGUCCCAGAGCCGAUACGCACAGUUUGGGUCGGCUGUAGAAUCUGUGCCGUUACAGAAACGCGGACUCGCCGGGCUCGUCGAGGCGUAUUACUCGGACGAUGGACUUAAUCAAUGCCGUCCGAUAGAGUUUCCGGUAGAGGACCAGUGCACGCACGUCUCCGAAGCCUGCCCGAAGUCUGCGACAUUCCUCUCUAUAAACUACCUGCACUCGUACUUCUGCGCGUCACCCACCGCCCGGCCCUUCGUCUUUGCCGGACUGAUCGUCUGGCUCGUCUUCCUCUUCUCCACCCUCGGCAUCUCCGCCUCGGACUUCUUCUGCCCCAACCUCGCCACUAUCGCCCAGCUAUUGGGUCUGGACGAGAACGUCGCGGGAGUCACGUUCUUGGCUUUCGGGAAUGGGAGCCCGGACGUGUUUUCGACGUUUAGCGCUAUGCGCGCCGAUUCGGGCAGUCUGGCUAUUGGAGAGUUGCUCGGCGCGGCGUCGUUCAUCGUGUCCUGCGUCGUGGGCUCGAUGUGCAUCAUCAAGCCCUUCAGGAUAAACCGCGGACCGUUCCUCAGGGAUAUCGGAUUCUUCACGACCGCCGUCGCAAUGCUGCUCGGCAUACUCAUCGACGGAACUAUCCAUACUUGGGAGUCUCUGUCGCUCGUGGCGCUCUACGUGGUGUAUGUCAUUACGGUCAUUGUCGGGAGUUGGUGGGAAAGGAGAAGGGAGAGGAAGAGGUGGUUUGAGAAUAGGAUACGGAGCGAGUACGCGGAGGAUGAUGAGCCCGCGACGUACUUCGAGGACGAGCCGUACCACGAUGAUCCAUCAUCGCGUACUCCGACACCAGACCUCCUCGUACCACCCACACCACACGGCCGUCCACGCUCGACAUCCCAUCCAGGACCUCCGCGCCUAGGCGUCCAAACGGAUAUCCCCCGCUCGCGCUCACACGCCCGCUCAGGCUCCGAAUCAACAAACCUCUCAGUCCCAUCAACAGGCCAUUCACCAAUGACACACCUCCCAUCAUUCUCACUCGUCGGCGCACUCGAGUUCAGACACGUAAUCGCAGGUCUACAAAGUCAAGCGGCGGGCUCGAGUCUGAGCGUGUUCGAAUCGCCACAUGCGCCUUACCCUGGAGGGCAUUAUCAUGGACAUGGAUCAAGACCGCGCACGCCGACACCGCAGGGCGCGUUGGAUGAGGAGCUGAACCCGUGGGAUGCGGCGUUAGGCGCUGUGCCGCUUGAUGAGCGCUCGCGCGCGGCGCCACCUUCUACGCCGGGGAUCACGAUUGACGGAGAGGAAAGUCUGGCAGGAUCGGUGCCGACUAUCAUUCGCACACCCGCGUCGCCCGUCAUUCAGCCUGACGUUGAGCGCCCGUCGAAACGACGGCGCGCGUUGAAUGCGGUGCAUAAGACGCUUCAUAUACUCUUCCCGACUCUACACGACUUCGGGUGCAAGUCCUACGCCGGGAUGGUCGCGUCCGUAUUUGCCGCACCGGCUGUGUUCGCGUUGACGCUCACGUUGCCCGUCAUCGUCAUGCCGUACGACAGCUCGUCGUUGCACCAUGAGAAGGCGAUCAUGAGCACGGAUCCGUUGAUCCAGUUCGAGGAGGAGGGCGUAGAGAGGGCGUUGAUGGGUGAGGAAGAGGUCACGGAGGAGAUGCAUGCCAACCCGCUCGAGUUCAACAAGUGGCUUAUGGGCGCGCAGUGUACGCUGGGACCGAUGUUCUGCGUGGGGGUGUUGUUCAAGGGGAGGGAGUACCUUUGGUGGGUGUUGCUUGGGGCGGGGAUCGUGGGGUUGGCGGUGGGGACGCUUGUGGUGGCGUUUGCGAGGGAUGGAGAGCAUAGGGUUAGUCGGGCGGCGAGGUGUAGUAUGGGGUUCUUUGUGGCGAUGGUGUGGAUUAUGGCGAUUGCGGAUGAGGUUGUGAAUGUGCUCCAGACAUUCGGCUUCAUCUUUGGGUUGUCUGAUGCCAUCAUCGGCCUGACUAUCUUCGCCGUUGGAAACUCGUUGGCCGAUCUCGUAGCCAACAUGAGCGUCGCCGUAUUCGCUCCCAUCAUGGGCUUCUCUGCCUGCUUCGGCGGUCCCAUGCUCAACAUGCUCCUCGGCGUCGGCAUCUCCGGCUCCUACAUCACCUCCCAAACCGGCGUACCCUACCACCUACACUUCAGCACCACGCUCUUAGUAUCCGCCAUCGGACUACUGGUCUUGUUGCUGGUGACGGCGGUGUUCGUGCCGAUGAAUGGUUACUUCUUGCCGAGGGCGUGGGGAGUGACUUUGAUCGCGGCGUAUGCGGCGCUUAUGACGGUCAAUGUUGUUGUGGAGGUGCUCAGCGAGAGCUGA